AUGCGCAUGGGGCAUGAAUUCAAGGAGCAGAGGGAGCGGGCGGGACCCUGGAGCCUUUGCGGUCCUUGUUCCCGGAAGUGUGAGUCUCGGGGCGCCGGUAGCUUCUGUCCGGCGUUCCCGGGGAGGCACGUGGCUGACUCGCCUCGGCCCGGGCGCGGUCGCGUCGCCCUGGAGCCGCGGGUGUCGGUCGCGGAGGCGGUGUCGUCCCUGACCAUCUCGGACGCGUUCGUCGGGGCCUGUGAGGGCCCCGCCCCGCCGCGCCCCGCGCUCCCCAGCAGGUUCAUCUGCUCCUUUCCCGACUGCAGCGCCAGUUACAACAAAGCCUGGAAGCUAGACGCGCACCUGUGCAAGCACACGGGGGAGAGGCCAUUUGUUUGCAAUUAUGAGGGCUGUGGCAAGGCCUUCAUCAGGGAUUACCAUCUGAGUCGGCACGUCCUGAUUCACACCGGAGAGAAGCCAUUUGUUUGUGCAGAUGAUGGUUGUAAUCAAAAAUUCAACACAAAAUCAAACUUGAAGAAGCACAUAGAACGCAAACAUGAAAAUCCACACAAACAGUAUGUAUGUAAUUUUGAAGGUUGCAAGAAGGCCUUCAAGAAGCACCAGCAGCUGAGAACACAUCAGUGCCAGCACACCAGUGAGCCGCUCUUCAGGUGUACCCACGAGGGAUGUGGGAAGCACUUUGCCUCCCCCAGCAGGCUAAAACGGCACGGGAAGGUUCACGAGGGCUACCUGUGUCAAAAGGGAUGUUCCUUUGUGGGGAAAACAUGGACAGAGCUUCUGAAACACAUGAGAGAAGCCCAUAAAGAAGAAGUAACCUGCACAGUCUGUCAGAAGAUGUUCAAGCGUAAAGAUUACCUUAAGCAGCACAUGAAGACUCACGCUCAGGAAAGGGAGGUAUACCGCUGUCCGCGGGAAGGCUGUGCAAGAACCUACACAACUGUGUUCAACCUGCAGAGCCACAUUCUCUCCUUCCACGAGGAACAGCGCCCAUUUGUGUGUGAGCACACCGGCUGCGGCAAGACAUUUGCAAUGAAACAAAGUCUCCUGAGGCACAGUGUUGUGCACGAUCCCGACAGGAAGAGGAUGAAACUCAAAGUAAGACCACCUCGGGAGAGACGCAGCUUGGCCUCUCGCCUCAGUGGGUACUUCCCUCCUAAGAGGAAACAAAAGCCAGACUGCUCCUUGCCUAACAGCACAGAGUCCAGCAGCAGUCCAGAGGACAAGAUGCCCCCGCCAGCGGCAUUACUCACUGUCUGCUAGGCGGGAAGGACUUCAGAGCAGCCAGGAGAGGCUUCUGGAGAUGCCUGCACUUUGUCUUAGUAAAAUCACUGACACGAAACAUC